GCAGUUGACUUCAGGUCGAUACAGACACUCUCGCUGUGGUUUCUGUCACUCAAAGACACAAACACCACUGAUACAGAGUCCGGUCAUGUAUGUCAAGCCCAUACUAUGGAUCCUUCUCUUCAUCUGUGUCCAGGAGGUGUCCCUGAAGGACUAUGAGUAUAACGAUGAGGAUGAAACAUACGACGACCCACAGCCUCUAAACUGCUCAACCACAGAGAGCAUCAAAGGCGGACAUGUCACCUACUCACGGGGAGGGCUGGAGGGCAGUGUGCUGACCUAUCACUGCAGCCUGGGGAAGUACCCUUCCCCGGUCAGCUUCAGGCUCUGCGGUGAUGAUGGGGAGUGGUCGGCCAUGAGAUUAUCCAAUGGCAGACCGGUGUCGCGGGCCACAUGCAAAGAUGUGUUGUGUCCAGCUCAGAUCCAGCUGGAUCACGGUGACCUCUGGCCCAGGGACCAGUGGCUCCGUGUCGGGGAGACGCAGAGCUUCUCCUGCCAGGAAGGGUUCACCCUGUAUGGCUCAGCCCAGAGGAACUGCACCCUCUCUGGGGAGUGGACAGGAACCACUCCUGUUUGUGACAACCAUGCUGACGACUGUAAUGACCCAGGGAUCCCACCAGGGGCCCAGAGGUCAGCACGCCGGUUUCGUACAGGAGAGAAGGUCAACUAUCGUUGUCAGGCUGGUCUGGAUCUGCUCGGGUCGGCUGAAAGGGUUUGCCUGGAGAACCGGGAGUGGAGUGGUUCAGUGCCACUGUGUCAAGGCCCAAAUACCUUUGACUCCCCCAGCAAUGUGGCAGCAGCCAUGGCGGGGUCACUUGCAGGAGUCAUGGAUGUAGUCUCACCAGACUCCAAAAAGAAAAGUACAAGGGUGUCCUUUGGCCGAACCUUCCGUGUGGCUGAAGGUAGUCGCAUGAAUGUCUACAUUUUACUGGACACAUCAGGAAGCAUCAAUACGCGGGACUUUAAUAAAUCCAGGAACGCCACCAUUGCUCUUAUCACAAAGUUGGACAGCUACGAGGUGCAGCUGAGGUUCCAUGUGUUGUCAUUUGCCAGCACGGCUAUAGACAUUGUAAGCAUCACAGACUUCGAGAUAAGUGGUAGCACCGAGGAUGUCAUAUGGCGCCUGAUGGAAUUUGACUACCAUAGCCAUGGCAGUAAGACCGGCACCAACCUGCAUGCCGCCCUGUUCCGUGUCAGUGAGAUGAUCAGCUUCUUUAAGCAAGACAGUGCCAAGUACCAUUUUAAUGAGACUCAGAACAUCAUCAUCAUAGAAACCGACGGUUUCUCCAACACAGGAACCAAGCCUCAGAUUGCCCUGGCCCGGAUCAGGAAUCUGCUUGGCUACCAAGUCACAUCCCAAGAUCACACAGAUGAGACAAUGCUGGAUGUCUAUGUAUUUGGUAUUGGGGAGCAAGUGAAGAAAGAUCAGUUGAACUCCUUAGCGUCAAAGAAACGUGGUGAGAGACACGUCUUCAUUAUGAAAGACUUCCAAACACUGGGAUCCAUGUUCAACAGCAUCAUUAGUGACAAGAGUGUGACGAUGUGUGGGGUAGCUCAGGAAGACAUCUCCAAGGAAAGUGGGGAGGAUGAGAAAAAUGUCUACAACAAACCCUGGCAUGUCACUGUGAAAACGCCGUCUAUGUCAUGUUUUGGAUCUAUUGUGGGCCAGAACUGGGUGCUGACAGCUGCUCACUGUUUCGCCAAGGCGAGCACUGAUGAUCUCCCACAGAGAGUGGAUUUAACACACGGUGAGGGCGUUGGGAUUUCAAAGAGGGUGAUAAUGCACCCCAGGUACAACACCAGGGCACUCAAACACAGAAACGUAUCUGAGUUCUAUGACUAUGAUGUCGCUCUGGUAGAGAUGAACCAGAGUAUCCCGCUCUCCUGGAAAGCCAGACCGAUCUGCUUGCCAUGUACUGUGCCAGCCAGCCGAGCCAUUAAGAAAGUCAACUCUACCUGUCAGCAGCACAGGGAGGAACUACUACAACACAAGGAGACUGCGGCCUUUUUCAUCCACAAAAGCAGUGAAACAGUCAUUCGCAAAGAAACACAUAUUCACACACAGAGUCAAAGGCCUAGCUGUGUUGAGAAGGCGAGGCUCACACUCACAAAGCCCACCGAUGUGACUCUGGAUGAGUAUGUGCCCGACAGGCUCCUCUGUACCGGCGGAUCCUCAGCAUACCGGGACGCGAUCAGCUGUCAGGGUGAUUCUGGUGGAUCCCUGUUUCUGGAAAAAAAGAAGCGCUACUUUCAGGUGGGAGUACUGAGCUGGGGCAUCAUGGAUGUAUGCAAACCACAGAACACAGCUCGGGGAAGGUACAGCAGUGACAAUCCGCCUCCUGAUGCUCGAGACUUCUACAUCGACCUGUUCAAGAUAAUGCCGUGGCUGAAACAGCAUCUGGGUGAGGAGAUCCAGUUCCUGCCUGAGGUCAACUGAGAACAUCUAUAAUAUAAUCAGACAACUGAGAUCUAUUUGGAUGAAGCCAUAAUAACACAAUGCAGAAUUCAGUAGCGCUU